CGAUAACGAUGACGAUGACAAUGAGUAUGACUUCAAUGAUGACGAUGACGCUGACCAUGACGUGCAAUGAUAGACAGAUGAAGACGAUGCGAUGAAGAUGGCAAUGGUGACGAAUGAGUAUCGAAUGGACAAAAAACACCGAUUAAACAGUCUGAAUUCUUCAGAUUUAGAGUUCUUCAAAUGGUUGGCAGGCGUAAAGUGGGGAGGAGGAGGGAGGCGAGAGAAGGCCGCGCAACGGACGCCACCUGUGAGGCAGCUCUCUUGGCUGAUAGUUUUGUGAAGGUUUGAGGAAUUCGGUGCAGCAGAAAACGAGCGGAGAAGCUCCGCAAUCUAGUUCCCAUAAUCCAUUGUAGGCUGGACAUGCGAAAAUGAAAAUGGUUACAGUUGGAUUGGAGGUAAGUCACAUAAAAAAAACUCGGUACAGCUAAAAGAUUGUGUGACAUUCGAGUGUUCCCGUGACAAAGACGUUGCUUCUGUUGUUUGCUGAGGUGUAUCUCGCUGAGUGCGCUCUGUCGCUUGUCUCCUCCCUGUUCUUUGAACAAAAAGUUCCAGUAUGAUAACACUUAAGAUGGAUGACCGUUUUCUAGCUGCUUAUCUCUUUUAUGGCGCCAUGGUUAUGCUGAAGACGUGGGCAAUGUCUUUUUUUACCGCAAGGCAUCGCAUUAGAAAUAAGGCUCUUCCAAGCUCAGAGGACUAUGGUAAAGACAAUACCAAACCAGUGCCUGUAAAUCCUGAUGUGGAGAGAGUCCGCAGAGCACAUCUGAAUGAUCUGGAGAACAUCCCAAUCUUCAUGAUUGUAGCCCUGUUGUAUGGGUUGUCUGGUGAGCCUGUGGCAAGAGGCAUUUGGUGUCUGCGUAUCUUCACAGGGGCUAGGUUCCUGCACACCAUAGCUUACCUGAAUGGCAUCAGUGCACCACGAGCCUUGAGUUUCUUAGGUGGCUCAGUUUGUACUGCAGUUUUGGGUUUCAGUGUGCUGUACUCUGCUGUCAAGACUGGCGUGUUUUAAACAGUUUUAAGGCUGAUUUCCUCUGAGAAGUUUGUUUUACUAUAAAAUAAAAGUAACAGUGCUUUUUUUAUUCGGUUCUCUUUCACUUAGGUUUUUAGUAAAUGGUACUACAGUGCCAGAGUAGUGUGUAAACAUGAGGUAGAAAUAAGAAUACUUUCUGAGUCCA